UUCCAUUAGUGCAGCUUGGGGGGCUGGGCACAGUGGCUCAUGCCUGUAGUCCCAGCUACUACAGUGGCUGAGGUGGGAGGACUGCUUGAGCCUGGGAGGUCGAGGCUGCAGUGAGCUGUCAUCAUGACACUGCACUCCAGCCUGGGUGACAGAGCAAGACCCUGUCUCAAGAAAAAAAAAGAAAAAAAAAGGUCAUCGAAGGACCAGCUGUUCAGGAGCAUCCCGGACGAGAGCCAGGCACAUUUGAGACUUGGAUCCAACUAAAGACCGCCGCAGAUUCUUCUGCAGCAAUGUCGGUGUUAGAAGAAAAUCGACCGUUUGCUCAACAAUUAUCCAAUGUCUACUUUACAAUACUUUCACUGUUCUGUUUUAAGCUUUUUGUGAAAAUCAGCCUUGCCAUCCUCAGUCAUUUCUACAUAGUGAAAGGCAACCGCAAGGAAGCGGCAAGGAUAGCAGCUGAAUUUUAUGGAGUAACCCAAGGACAAGGUUCCUGGGCAGAUCGAUCACCACUACAUGAAGCAGCAAGUCAAGGUCGCCUUCUUGCUCUGAGAACAUUAUUAUCACAGGGUUAUAAUGUAAAUGCAGUAACCUUAGACCAUGUCACCCCACUGCACGAAGCCUGCCUUGGAGAUCACGUGGCAUGUGCCAGAACUCUGCUGGAAGCAGGAGCUAAUGUAAAUGCAGUCACGAUAGAUGGCGUGACUCCGUUAUUCAACGCAUGCUCCCAGGGCAGUCCAAGCUGUGCAGAGCUGCUUCUGGAGUAUGGCGCCAAAGCCCAGCUGGAGUCAUGUCUUCCAUCCCCCACGCAUGAGGCUGCCAGUAAAGGUCACCAUGAAUGUCUUGCCAUCCUGAUAUCCUGGGGCGUAGAUGUUGACCAAGACAUUCCUCAUUUGGGAACUCCUCUCUAUGUAGCUUGUGUGUCACAGCAAUUCCAUUGCAUCUGGAAGCUUCUUUAUGCUGGUGCUGAUGUACAGAAAGGCAAAUAUUGGGAUACUCCAUUACACGCUGCUGCUCAACAAUCCAGUACAGAAAUUGUAAACUUACUGCUAGAAUUUGGAGCAGAUAUCAAUGCGAAAAAUACAGAGCUUCUGCGACCUAUAGAUGUAGCUACAUCUAGCAGUAUGGUGGAAAGAAUACUGCUUCAACAUGAAGCUACCCCAAGCUCUCUUUACCAACUUUGCCGACUCUGUAUCCGAAGCUACAUAGGAAAACCAAGAUUGCACCUUAUCCCACAGCUCCAGCUGCCAACGUUACUGAAGAAUUUCUUACAGUAUCGAUAAAACAGUAAAGUAAUUCUAAAUACCUUGAAAAUCAAAAUUUCUAUUUCUUUUGCUUAAGGAAUAGUUCAUAUUAAAAUAUGCUAAAGAUAGGGUAAAAGUGAGUGUGAGAUCACCCAGGGAAGCAGCAAAAUAUCAAUUUUCAUUUUAAGUGUA